AUGUGAUCGUUUAUGAGAGUUAGUUUAUCUGACAAAAAGGAGUAUUCUGACUUACGUCAUGGGCUGAAAUAGCGCCAUCUACGCUUUCCUAAUUCCGACAUAGCAGUAGCAACGAAUUGGAUGUUCGCACCGAAAUCUUGUCCUAAAUUACACCUGUUAUUGAUACGAAGCCAACCCGUUUGCAACAAUAAGGAGGCAAGAAGUUUUCACGGAGCAAGUGUGAUGGAAUUAGUUGACAUAGAAUAAAUUAGCAAGUCAACCCUACUACGACUUUUCAUUGACUGUUUCUUCAGUGAAAACUUCACUUCACUACGACUUGCAACCUGCGAUGACGUCGUGAUUCAGAUUACGUGAUUUGGUACAAGAUGUCGGAAGUGGACAUGAUGGGGGACAAGGAGAAGGAAAACCCUGUUGCUGAAGCUGUGGACACAAGGUCAAAGCGAGAAGUCAAACUCACUGAGAAAGGUCUGCAGUAUCAAGCUGAAACAAAAGGGAAGGAAUUUAAGAGAUCCAUUAGUGCUUGGCGUAGAGCGUCGAAUAAGUUAAGAGCUACCUUGAGCGACAUCAGUGAUGUCAAAGUUAUUCGACAAGGUAGGGACGCUCUGCAGCAGGUGAUGGACAACGCCAUAUCCGCUCAAGAAGACCUUCAGAUUCUAUUGGAGUUGGCAGGAGUCGACGAUGACAGCCAUGAAAGGCUCGACAACAUCGAACAAGAACACUCAGAGCUGAUGAAAGGAGUACAAGAACACCUCCUCGAACAAGAAUCGUCAAGAAAAUCUAAAGUUUCAUCGAAAAGACUAUCAUCCUGUCAAAAAUGGGUGAAUGAAUGCUCGUUUGAAAGCCAGGAUGAUGUGCCGACUAAAGAUGUGCCGACCAAAGAUGUGCCAACUGAAGAUGUUCCGACUACAGAAUUACCGACUAAAGAACCCUUGUUAAAUUUGCUGACUCAGCUACAGAUUAGUCGCUUGCCACUGCCAGAACCAGAUAUCUUUUCUGGGGAUCCACUGCAAUACCCUAGUUGGAAACAGGCCUACGACAUCUUAAUGGAACAUCAAGGUAUUCCUGCAAGGGAUCGAUUCUUCUACUUAAAGAAGUAUCUACGUGGCCCACCUCUCGAACUCGUGCAAGGAUUUUCUCUGAUACACAAUGAUAUGGCAUACAAUCGAGCUACGAGUGAACUAGAACAGAGAUAUGGUGAUCCAUUCAUCAUUUCGAAUGCAUUUCGUGACCGACUGGAUAACUGGCCAAAGAUACCUACAAAGGAUUCCAGAGGACUGCGUAGAUUCUCUGAUUACCUACGACAAUGCCAAACAGCAAUAGAAAAGAUCGGCAACCUCCGACAGUUAGAUGACGAACGUGAGAAUAGGAAACUCCUAUCCAAACUUCCCGAUUGGCUUGUUACUAAAUGGAGCCGACGAGUCUAUGAGCAUAGGAGGUCACAUGGUACAUUUCCUUCAUUCGGUACCUUCUCAUCAUUCAUUGAGGAAGAGAGUAACAUUGCAUGUGACCCAAUCACGUCCAUUGGUAGCCUGAAGGAGGACAAACCGAAACAGGACAGAGGAAAAUCCAUGAGAGCGUUAACUAUGAGAACCAGCUCCAUCCAAGAUGAGACAAAGAGGCCAGAACGGAAAUCAUUCUGUAUAUUCUGUAGAAAUCAUCAUCACCUUGAGGAUUGUCAAGCCUUUGUCAAUCAGCCUAUGUCCGAGAGGAAGAAGUUCAUAAGAGAAAAGGGCUUGUGUUACGGGUGUCUCAAGAGAGGUCAUCUGACCAAAAAAUGUCGAGUGAGAAGCACAUGCAGAGAGUGCAACAAGCGUCAUCCUACGCCACUACACUUUGACAGAAGACCUUCAGAAGAAAGGGAAAGGACAUCGAACCAGGAAGAAAUACAAUCUUCAAAUUCACAUACACUUGUUAAUUCUAACGCCACAAGUUAUGUGAAAAGCGCGGCAAUCGUGCCAGUCUGGCUGUCUCAUGAGAAUAUGAAGGAAGAGAGGCUCGUAUACGCACUAUUAGAUACUCAAUCGGAUACCACCUUCAUAUUGAAUUCUACAAAGGAUGCCUUAGGACUUCAUGGACUGAGGGUCAACCUUCUUCUGUCUACAAUGUCGACCAAGAACGAAAGGAUUCCAAGUGAGAAGAUUAAAGGACUCACAGCUCGAGCCUUUAACAGUGAAAAGGUGAUACACCUUCCAGCUGCAUACACUAGAGACAUAAUGCCAGCCAACAGAGAACACAUCCCCACUCCUGAAGUAGCUCGCUCUUUCCCACAUUUGGUUCCAAUUGCUGACCAACUUCUGCCUCUGAAGCACUGUGAAAUAGGAUUGUUGAUCGGCUAUGAUUGUGGAAGAGCUCUGACUCCUCGAGAUGUGAUUCCCUCCCAAGACGAUGACGGUCCAUUUGGAAUGAAAACUGACUUGGGAUGGAGCAUAGUGGGUGUUACAAGUCAAGAUGAACAGCACUACAACCCCGAUGAUCACGUUGGCCACAGUCAUCGCUUGACAGCACGUGAAAUACCCGCUGAACUAGCUGAAAGAGACAUGUCCAUCAAGAAGAGAGUAACGUUCACUCACAACGUUACAAUCAAAGAAGAGAUCAGCCCUUCGUCUGUGCUGAAGCUGAUGGAAAGAGAUUUCUCAGAGAGCAGAAGUGAGGUACCAUUUUCGCAACAUGAUACAAGAUUUAUGAGAAUCAUGUCGGAGAAUGUCCAUAUCACAGAUGAUGGUCAUUACGAGACUCCUCUUCCCUUUAAAGAAGAUGUCGUCAACCUUCCCAACAACAGAUUCAUGGCGGAAAGGAGAUUGAGUCAUCUAAAGAGAAAGUUUCAAAGAGACUCUGAGUAUCAUCAGAAAUACUCGGAAAAGAUGGAUGCUCUCUUGGAGAAAGGAUAUGCUGAAAGUGUACCAGAAUAUGACAAGCAGAACGGCCAAGCAUGGUACAUUCCCCAUCAUGGGGUAGUACAACCCAACAAGUUACGAGUUGUGUUUGAUUGCAGUGCAGAAUUUGGAAAGGAAUCUCUCAACAAGCAGCUUCUUUCUGGACCAGAUCUGACUAACACACUAGUGGGAGUACUUUGCAGGUUCAGACUGGAACCAAUCGCAUUUUGUUGCGAUAUACGUGAGAUGUUCUACCAAUUCAAGGUGAAGGAAGAUCAUAGGAAAUACCUACGGUAUUUGUGGUGGAAGGAUGGAGACUUUCUGCAACAGCCCCAUGAGCUAAGAAUGACUGUCCAUUUGUUUGGGGCGACGUCGUCUCCAGGAUGCUCAAACUUUUGUUUGAAACAGAUUGCCAGCGACCAUGCUAUUGAAUUUGGAGAGGAUGUAAAGAACUUUGUACAUCAUAACUUCUACGUGGACGAUGGGCUAAUAUCUGUUCCUACCAAAGAAGAGGCCAAGAAUCUGAUCUCGAGAACCAGAGAGAUGUGCAAGAAAGGAGGCCUCCACUUGCACAAAUUCAUCUCAAACACCCAAGAAGUGCUGGAAACAGUUCCGGAAGAGGAUAGAGCAAAGGGCACUACCAAGACUAAUCUCCUACAGGAUAAGCUUCCUUUGCAGAAGGCACUUGGGGUGCAAUGGUGUGUGGAAUCUGACACGUUCCAAUUCAGAGUCACACUCGAUGACAGACCUCUAACCAGGCGCGGAAUACUGUCAACCGUGAUGUCGAUCUAUGACCCUAUGGGAUUACUAGCCCCGAUUGUCUUACCUGGUAAGCAGAUUCUGCAAGAGCUGUGUAAGAUGUCUGCUGAUUGGGACGACCCCCUGCCAGAUCAUCUCAGAGAAAGAUGGGAGAAAUGGACAACUGAUCUGCAUAAUCUUGACUCCCUAUCAAUACAGAGAUGCUACAAACCUGCAGACUUCGGUGAGGUUACGACCAUGCAGAUGCACCACUUCUCCGAUGAUAGUUCCGAGGGAUACGGCCAAUGCUCAUACAUGAGAAUUAAGAAUGGAGAGGGAAGAGUCCACUGUAUCCUGGUGAUGGCAAAGUCCAGGAUUGCCCCGCUCAAGGCAGUAACAAUACCCCGUUUGGAACUAUCAGCUGCCGUUGUUUCCAUUAGGGUGAGCACAUUUCUUCAGCGAGAGUUAGCCUUGGAGGACAUUGAGCAUAUCUACUGGACAGACAGCAAUGUGGUACUUGGAUACAUAAACAAUGAAUCGAAGCGGUUCCAUGUGUUCGUAGCAAAUAGGAUCUGUGAGAUCAGACAACACUCAGAAUCAUCGCAGUGGAAGCACGUUCGAACACAGGACAAUCCAGCAGAUGGAGCUUCCAGAGGGUUUACCGUUGACCAACUCAUCACUUCGAACUGGUUCACUGGCCCAGAUUUUCUAUGGGAAGAGACGGUUCCUCGCGCUGAUGAUCAGGAGGAAUUCGAGGUUUCACCAGGUGACCCCGAGGUGAAGAAGUCUAUGGUGAACGCGACUGUAAUGGGUGACUCUAAGUUUGAUCUGAGUCGCCUAGACCGAUUCCCGACAUGGUAUAGAGCAAAGAGGGCGAUGGCUUAUUGUCUGCUGUUCAUCACAAGACUGAAACAACGUUGUCAAAGAAAACGUACAAGACAGGCAAAUGAUGACUCAACUUCCCAAGGCAAAGUCUCGGUGCAGAAUCUACAACAGGCAGAAACUGAGAUACUGAGACACGUCCAGAGUGAAGCCUUUGGGGAAGAAAUAGAAAUCCUGAAGUCAAUCCAGAGGAAACAGGAUCUGAAUGACAGGCAGAGAAGACGUCAAAUAAAGAAAGAGAGUCGUCUCCAUGGACUUGACACUUUCCUGGAUAAAAAGGGAAUUCUAAGAGUUGGAGGAAGAAUUCGAAGGGGAGACGACUCAUAUGACAGAAAGCAUCCCCUGAUUCUCCCACAAAGAAGCCACGUAACGGACCUUGUGAUACGUCACUGUCAUGAGUUGACUGCUCAUCAAGGAAGAGGCAUGACAUUGAACCAGAUAAGAGAGAAUGGAUUUUGGGUUCUUGGAAGCAGUAAUCGAGUGGCCAAUUUCAUACGAAAAUGUGUCAUAUGCAAUAGGCUACGUAGUCCCGCACAAUUACAGAAGAUGUCUGAUCUACCGUCUGACCGUGUGUUACCUGCAGCACCUUUCACUUACUGUGGCAUCGACUGCUUUGGCCCAUGGGUGAUAAAGGAAGGUAGAAAGGAGAUGAAGCGAUAUGGACUCCUCUUCACAUGCAUGCCUUCGAGAGCCGUGCAUAUUGAGACACUCAAUAGUCUGACUACAGACUCAUUCAUUCAGGGAUAUCGUCGCUUUGCUGCUCUGAGGGGUCCAAUACGUCAACUGAGAUGCGACAGGGGAACGAACUUCGUUGGCGCAGAAGCAGAGUUAAGGAAAGCGUGGUCAGAAAUGAAUCACGAACAUGUCAAAGGCACUCUAAUGAAAGAAGGAUGUGACUACGUACAGUUCACUUUCAACGUCCCCGCGGCAAGCCAUAUGGGUGGAGUAUGGGAGCGCCAAAUAAGAUCUGCCAGGAGAGUGCUUGAAACUUUGCUGUAUCAAUCGAGUAGACAACUCAAUGAUGAAUCACUGAGAACACUGAUGUAUGAAGCGGCUGCAAUUGUCAAUAGCAGGCCGCUGACUGUGACUGACCUGAACGACCCAACAUAUUUGGCUCCUCUUACGCCAAAUCAUCUCAUAACCAUGAAGUCGAAAGUCUUACUUCCUCCACCAGGCAAUUUUCAGGACGCUGAUUUGUACUCCAGAAAGCGUUGGAGGAGGGUACAACAUCUGAUCAACGAGUUCUGGGAUCGUUGGAGAAAGGAGUUUCUCCAGAACUUACAGACACGCCAGAAAUGGACUCGGCCCCGACGGGAUGCUAAGAUUGGGGAUAUCGUCAUCAUGAAAGACGAGAACUUGCCACGAAAUCAAUGGUCCCUAGCAAGGAUAAGCGAGGUCUUUCCUUCUACCGAUGGACUCAUUCGUAAAGUGAAGCUCGUAAAGGGUGACUCCGAACUUGACGACAGCGGUAAGCGUAAAGGACCUGUGAAAGAACUAGAGCGUCCGAUACACAAACUGGUUUUGCUGCUUCCGCGUGAAGACCAGGACGGAUUCCCGACCAAGGAGCCUUGAAUACUGUAAGGUAAUUAAUAUCCCUCACAAAUAGGUUUUGAUAGAUUUAAGUAAAUAUAGAAGUCUGAACAUAAGACUAUCCAAAAUUCGAAUUACCCGCAAAAUCUGAAAGUCUAGAAUAAGACUAGUCAAAUAAUCUAAUUGAAGUUUUAGAACCAAGAAUAUCUGUAAUUGGUCUGUAACAAAGACUAUGCUGGAACUGUAACUACAGACGCACAUCAGCUGAAAUGAAGUCUAAUUGAACUGAGUAAACUCUUGAACUAAUUGAUCUGAUUGAACAACAACAAGAACUCUUUUUGUGGAUUGACGACAUUUCCGAAUGAGCUGUAAUGACCUUUAUUGCUGUUUGUUUUUUGUUCUCUGUUUGAAAAAAUGUAAUCUUAUCAAAUUGGAAGAUCGAGCAUAUGACAACUAUAUUUGUAGAAAACGGAAAUUAAGUUGAUAUACCUCAUUUUAUCGCAUUAAUUACCUUGCAAAAAAUUACAAUGUGAUUGCACUUAUAAGAAUGUAUUUAAAGGGUAUUUCAGUUCAAUUUCAUCAUUAUGCUUGUAUGUAUUGUAUACAUGAAUGAGCAUUAGAUGUGAACCUGAAUUGAAACCCCCCUUUUGCAACGUAAAUUCAUGCAGAGUAUUUGAACUGAGAGUUGAUCCAGGUUAUUUUCUCGAUUUCUAAAUCCAGUACUUGCAAAUACAGCUAAUUGCUAGUCAUAAAUGGUGAGUUGCAAGGUCUGAGUGUUUGAGACUCGCGGUUA